AUGGCAACGGCCAGGAAACGCUUGCAACAGCUCUUUGAGAAGUAUGAUACCUCAGGAGAUGGCGUUAUGAGCGAGGAUGAACUUGUGGCACUCUUGUCAAAUCUGCUCGCGAUUCCAGAGUCCCGAGCUCGGGACUGGUUCAAGGUAGCUGAUGGAAACCAAGAUGGUGUAGUGCAUGUGCACGAGUUUAUCUCUUGGCUCACGGACAACCCACCUAUGCACCGUGUGAGCGAGGUCAUCACGGACGGGAAGAAGACGGUUCAAGCAUCAAUUGUCAACACAUCGGGAGCUGUAGGCCAAGUCUUCACCUUUACAAUCCGGAACCACCACAACGUCAGCUUCCCAAAGGGAAACCCAAUCACUGUGGCGGUCAAGCCAGGAGAGGAGGUCACUGAGACGCUCUUGCAUGUUGAUGCAGAACCUUUCAAGUACCAGUGCUUUCCUGUAACCUUUCGAUCUGACUGGACUGGAGUUGAGGAUGACCCAAACGCUUUCAAAGACAUGAGCUUCCCCCACGAUGACACGAGCAUCGUGGAUCCAGACCGUGCCUUGAACUUGGGAAAGACUGAGCAGUGGAUGCGUGGCCGAAUGCUCGGAGAUCCUGGAAAUGCCGUGCUCUUUGACCGUGUACGGCCUCAGGAUGUGCAGCAAGGCGCUGUCGGAGACUGUUGGUUGAUGUGCGCCCUGGGUGCUUUAGCCACACACCCUGAGAAGUUGAAGGGCUUAUUUGACUCUAAACAUGUGCCCGAGGAUGGAAAGUACAAGGUAUGGCUUUUUGACAUCUACGAGAACAAAUGGGUUCAAGUGGAGAUUGACGAGUUUUUGCCUUGUGUGAUCAAGGAUGGCAGACCCAGUCCCACCUUUGCCCGUCCUCUGGGGAACGAGCUUUGGGUGCCGCUGCUGGAGAAGGCGCUGGCCAAGUUUUGCGGCACUUAUGGAAAGCUCAACUCAGGGUAUCCACACUGGGCGUUUCGAGUGCUGACCGGGAAACCAGACUUGAUCACUUUCUUAAAGCAGAAGGGCAGCUGGCGCAAGUGCCGACAAGGGCCAGUCACGAAGGAAGAGUCUCGAAACCCGAGAAUUUCAAACUUGAAGUAUUGCAGUUGGGCUCAACCAGUAAAAGUGAACUCUUUAAAUAUUUGA